GAGUAUCAAAUAAUCCCCUCUCUAAUAAAGAGAAAAAACCCGCGAGGGUUUUUCUCCUCUCUCUCUCUCUUUGUUGCAGCAAUGGCGGCAGCUUCUCUGACGAAGCAGAAAGGAAGAAAAGCACAAAACCCUAAACCUAAUCUAAAGAAGAAGCAGAAGAAAUCCCUUCUCUCUCCAGAAAAGCCUUCCAAAGACCUCGAUCUUCUAGAAGCUUCCCAUUCUGAAGAUGAAUCGGAAGAAACGAAGGAAGGAAUCAGCGGCUCUGAUUCUGAUAUCUCUUCCGAUGGAAAUCCUUUUACCGAUGAUUUUCUCAGCGGAAGCGAAGAAGAAGAGACGGAUGCAGAACCAGUAGAAGACGAGAAAGAUUCGGAUUCAAGUUCUGACUCAGAUUCAGAUGGAUCGGAUAUUGAGAAGAAAUCUAUUGCAAUUGAUGAGGAAAAGGCAAGAGAACUAGAAGAUGCGGAGGCAGAAUUGCAGCUCAAUAUCAAGGAUGAAUCGGAUGAGUUUAGAUUGCCUACAGAAAAGGAGCUUGAAGAAGAGUCACGGCAACCUCCGGAUCUUCCAAAUCUUCAGCGCAGGAUAAAAGAGAUUAUCCGAGUGCUAUCCAAUUUUAAGUCCUUGAGGCAAGAGGGUUCCACAAGGAAGGAUUAUGUCAAGCAGCUGCAAUCGGAUUUGGGUUCUUAUUACGGAUACAAUGACUUCCUGAUUCAGGCUUUGGUUGAGAUGUUUCCAGUUGUAGAGCUUGCAGAACUUAUUGAAGCAUUUGAAAAGCAACGACCCAUUUGCUUGCGAACAAACACUUUGAAGACUCGUAGACGAGAUCUAGCUGGUGUUUUGAUAAACAGAGGUGUGAAUCUAGACCCAUUAAGCAAGUGGUCAAAGGUUGGACUGGUUGUGUAUGAUUCACAAGUGCCCAUUGGGGCGACUCCUGAAUACAUGGCUGGGCACUACAUGUUACAAAGUGCAAGUUCCUUUUUGCCUGUUAUGGCGCUUGCUCCUCAGGAGAAGGACCGAAUUGUGGAUAUGGCUGCUGCACCUGGUGGUAAAACAACAUAUAUUGCAGCUCUCAUGAAGAACAGCGGAAUAAUUUAUGCAAAUGAGAUGAAAGAAACUAGACUCAAGUCUCUAUCUGCAAAUUUGCACCGCAUGGGUGUGACAAAUACCAUCGUGUGUAACUAUGAUGGAAAGGAGCUGCCCAAGAUUUUGGGGCUAAAUUCUGUUGAUAGAGUUUUGUUGGAUGCUCCCUGUAGUGGGACUGGGGUUAUAUCUAAAGAUGAAUCAGUUAAAACCUCUAAAAGUGCUCAAGAUAUACAGAACUGUGCUUUUCUACAAAAGCAACUGAUUCUUGCAGCAAUUGACAUGGUGGAUGCAAAUUCAAAAUCUGGAGGAUACAUAGUCUACUCUACUUGCUCCAUAAUGAUUCCAGAGAACGAAGCUGUUAUAGACUACGCGCUCAAAAAGAGAGAUGUACAAGUUGUUCCAUGUGGACUGGAUUUUGGUCGCCCAGGGUUUAUACGCUUUAGGGAGCACCGGUUUCAUCCCUCACUAGAGAAAACAAGGCGUUUUUAUCCUCAUGUUCACAACAUGGAUGGAUUUUUUGUGGCCAAGUUGAAGAAGAUGAGCAAUACCAAGCCACCACCGAAACCAUCCAACUCAUCGGAAAAGGUGGUGGAACAGACAGAUGCUCCUGAUAGUGGAAGUGACAUGGAACAGAGCCUUCCAGAAGGAAGAUCUCAACAGCCUAAACGUCCUAGUGAUAGAACAAAGAAGGCAAACGGUAGUUUGAAGACUGGCAUGCAAGAAAAUGGAAUGGAAUUAUCUCCUUCCAAAGUGAAGAAAUCGAAGAAAAGGAAGUUCCCAUCAAAGAAUGCAGACAGUAGUUCGAAGACUGGCAUGCAGGAAAAUGGAACGGAAGCAUCCAAAGCCAGGGAAAGGAAGAAAAGGAAAUUCCCAUCAAGGGAGGAAAUCGCAAAAGCCAGAGAAGAGAAGAGGAAAGCCUUGAGAGGGAAGAAAGGCUCCCAUGGCAAGAAACCAUAAAAAGGAAAUGAAAUCGACUACCCAAUGAGUUAUUGUAAUGACAACGGUUGAUAAAUUUUGUUUGGCCGCAAGGCAUUGGCAAUUCGCUUGUGUGGGAGUAAGCCAAAGUUGCCAUGGCAAUAUGGAUCUGGAAACAGGCACGUUUGCAUCCAGUGAUCAAAUGAAUGCACGGCCCACUUGCUAGAUCUUCACCUUCAAAUGUGUUUUUGUCACCAAAUUGCCUAAUUAUAUGCUUGCAAGAAGGGUGGGGAAUUUCGUUGCCCUCAGUACUAAUGGUAAAAUUUUGUUUUGUUUUUCUUUUUACACCUAAUUUUGCUGUGCAACCAAUGAUAGAGCAGUUUAUGUUUUU